UGUCUCUGAGACUUUGAGCCUUGUCAAAUCACAAUUCACACCUUCCAAACUCUCUCUCUUUCUAGCAGAGAUCUUAUGUGGGGGUCCUGCUCUGCCAUAGCUCUGCACAGUGUUGGACUUCCCAACUAUUUUGAUCUACCCGAUAGUGUUUCACAAGUGGUUAUUAAAUAGAAAAGAAAAACCGUAGAUAAAGAAGAAAAUAGGCAAGAAACAGUUUCAGAUUUCUCCAUUUUAAGCAACAAGCACGGUGGAAAAUGUCAUCAAAUGAGUUUGAGUUCUUAAAGAUUGAGAAAUACAUUCUGAAAGUGCAUAUGAAUUGCCAAGGGUGCAUGCAGAAAGUGAGGAAACUCCUCCAGAAAAUUGAAGGUGUUUAUCAAGUAAGCAUAGAUGCAGAAGAGCAGAAAGUCACCGUAACAGGUAGUGCGGAUCCUGCUGCAUUGAUCAAUAAGCUGGUCAGAUCUGGUAAACAUGCAGUGCUUUGGUUUCCAAGUUCCCAAAAGAUACAAGCCAAAUUAACCGAUGAUGACAAUAACCAGAACCAAACUCAAUAUCUGACUAAUGGUCUAAAUCCCUACAAAGAUCAUCACCUCCUCCCCAACUUCUUAGGCAGAGAAGAUGUUGAGUCGGCAUCUGACUGGAAUUUUAAUCAGAGGAGGGAAACUGAGGCAAUGAUAGAUGGUGAAUUCGAUCAAAAUUUGAUAGCAGCAAUGCAAAAUGUAGGCCUGGGUGAGGAUGGAGUCACAAUUGGCAAUCACGAUGAAGUGGAAAACAGCAUGUCACCAGUAAGCAGCCUUGCAGGUUUUCAUCACAAUGGUGCUGGCUUUGUUGGCUUAGGAGGUCAUGAAUUUGGCCGUGGGUAUCAGGAUAUUUCUACAGGGUUUAAGACUUACGUGUACGACUAUCCAUCUUCGAUGAUGAUGACCAAUGGGCAGGGGUACCCCGACAGCUAUCCACCUACAGCGAUGAUGAACAUCAACCUACAAGACAGAAACACGAUCGACAAUAAGAUGAUAAAUGACAAUGUGUACAUGAAUCAACCCUGGAUGGCAAAUCAUAAUCUUCGAUAGUUCCCAUUUGCCACAACUCUUAAUACCACUUCGUUUUAGUAGUCUCUAGAAGUAACCUGAUUUUAUGUUUGAGAACUUUACGAACUCUAUAAUUCGUAGUGGUUGAUGUCACCAGUGAUACUGUUAUCAGAAUGUUUUCUACCUGA